UUUGAACAACACCUCCGUCUCCCACAUAUGCUUCUGGGUCACCCUCCCAGGAGUGAUUGCCACUUGUCCCCCCCAGUUGUCCCCAUUGGUUCUACUCUACGGAACCCGGCUGAACUGGCUGGCAGACGCAAUCCACCAGUCCAUCCGGACCCGUGCCAUCCGUGACGCGGAGUGUCUCGCAGUGGGAUAGCUAGCAUACAACCACAUCAAAUGGCGGGUGUACCCAGGCCCCACCACCUUCGCGUGCGUCACGAGCUUUCUGCAUCCGACUAUGGUCAGAUCCAGCAUGCGCAUCCCUUUGGCAUUGACCUUCUACUGUGGCCGCAGCUGCGUGCGUACCUGGCUGGAAACUGGCACAAGUAUGAUUACGGGGAAUGGACAGGUUAUCUAGGCUGCUGUGUGAAGGCGCGGUGGCCUUGGGGCGAAGGGAUUCUUGGACGUGACCAGCUUGAUGAACUGCAAAUUCGCCCGGAUUUCUUCGAUAUCUUCAAUAACGGAUGCGGGUGGGGUUUGACGUCAGAGUUUAUUGUCAGAUACCCGGAGCUGCUGGAGAUAAUGGUCGUUGAGGAAGUCCGGUUUCCAGAACACGGUAGGACACCUAUGUUCUUUUCAGGCACCAUGGCGUGUCAUAGAUAAGGAACAGGUCAAAAGACAUGGCUAUUGGGAUCUAGUAUAGCUUCUGAGAUGAUAAGUU